UCGCCAUUGUGCUUUGCCAACAGCGGACGCGCGACGGCCGCUUAGAUUCGCACGGGUUAUCGAUAACAAUAAUCGAAUAAAUGCUACACUUUGUUGUAUUAACGUGAUCGCUGUUUUAAUUUGUUUACGUGCAGUGCCGACGUACUUUAUUUGACGUGUGUUGAAGGCUUCACCGUGGAGCUUGAUUUGCAUCAACGUGCCAGCGGUCACUUUAUGAGUGCCGCUGGCGCGAUGUGCGACCGGACCGGCUUCGGAGGGUCCAUGGGUCACUUCCCCAUGGGGCCCAUGUCUGCCAUGGGGGCCAUCGGGAGCAUGGGCUCCAUCACCAUGAACGGCCAGCAGACGAAGAAGUCCCCCGAGGAACAUAUAAAGAGGCCAAUGAACGCGUUCAUGGUCUGGUCCCGGUUACAGAGGAGAAAGAUAGCCCAGGACAACCCGAAGAUGCACAAUUCUGAGAUCUCCAAACGAUUAGGGGCCGAAUGGAAACUCCUCACAGAAGACGAGAAGAGGCCAUUCAUCGAUGAAGCCAAGCGCCUCCGGGCUAUGCACAUGAAGGAACACCCUGAUUACAAGUACCGGCCGAGAAGGAAACCCAAGACCUUGCGGAAGGAAGGGUACCCUUACUCGAUUCCGUACCCCAGCGUACCCAUGGAUGCUUUGAGAGCUGGCAUGGCCGGAGGCGGUAUGGGUCAAGCGAUGGGCGGUUACUACGGGGCAGCAUACGGCCCGCUCGGAGCCAGCAUGGCGGCGGCGGCGGCUGCGGCGGCGCAACAGAAUGCCAUCUCGGCAGCCUUGACUCCUAACCCUCAGGUCGCGUCAUCAAUGGACAUGUCGAAAUACUCCAUCGAGGCUGAGAAAUACAGGAGUUACGGCAUGUAUCCCGACCCCUCGCGAGGCUACCUGGACUCGGCUGCGUUGUCCAAAGCCUACAUGUAUAUGGACCAGCAGCAACAGCGGUCAUAUCCCAUGGACAUCAGUAAAAUGUACUCUGAAGCGUCGGCGGCGGCCAUGGCAGGUCUCAGCUCAGCUGUGACUUCAGCGCCGUCCAGUUUGUCCCCACGCUCGCCUACUGACUCCCCUGACGUCACAGGCAAGCCGCAAGAGCGACCAGAAGGCAGCUCCUCCUCCGGGUCUAACCCUUCCCCGCCCCUUCCCUACUAUCAAGGCUCCUCGAGCCUUCUAAUGCCCCAAUACCCUGGUCAGUACACGCAGGGAACCCAAAGCGGUUCGGAGUUCAGGAGGCCAUUGACUGUUAUAUUCUGACCUGAUGCUUAGUUUGCUUGUUAAUUGUUUUUUUUUUUUUUUGUGUACCUACGAUAGAAUGAGUUUGUUGCAAUUUUGGUUGUUAUAGCUAAGAGCCUGAUUCAAUUAUCAAUGAUAAAUACAAAUAGUAUUUUUGGUGAGUCCAUUAUUAUUAACUGACCUGGCUGACUCGAUUGGUUUAUGUGUAAAUGAAAGAAUUUGUUUGUAAAUACUUAUCUUUAUGCCACCACUCCUCAUUCUGAAAUUUUAUAAAUAACGUUUGACAUAUGUCAAUGUUUUUGGAUUAUUUCUCUUCCUCUUAGCUAGAGUCAUCUUCUCAACGAAAUGAGUUUAGGAUACUAAAAGCAGGUUCUGACCUGUUUAAAAGUGGGCCCGCAUCAAGUUGUACGAGUAAUACAAGAAACUCUUCAAACACGUCACAUUGAUUCUGAAUUAUUUCGGAUGUGCUCGGGUCUUACAUAUUUUAUUUUUGGUGAUUCUUCGUUGGUACUUAUCUUAACGAUUAUUACCAGAAAUACAAUAAUUACUUCUAAUAGAAAUAGUAGGUACCGUUCCAUUUUGUACAAGAAUGCCCGUUUUGUUGGCGUAAGUACCUUACUAUAAACCAAGGAGUAACUAAGGUAAUACGUUUUUUAUAUUGAUCGAAGUGUAAACUUCAUCUUACCCCAAGCAAACUGUCUUAUACACCCAUACCAUACCAUCUAAGAAUUGAUGGUCCGUUAUCUGAACACACACAGGGUCCUAGCUAUAGUUACCAAAAGUACAGCACAGCUAUAUCUUGAAAUAUAAAUGUUAUUUGUCACUGACAUUGAAAUUAAAAAAAAAAAUUGUGUCAUUCCGAAAUGUCAAUGUCAGACUCAUCUCAUCUUGGUCUUGUUGUUUAAAUUCAGUUGAUAAUUAAGUUAUGUUCUUGUAUUGUAUAUAACGACUUUUAAUAUUUUUCGUGAUUUUCCAAAGUUCCUUUUCAGUUUUCUUUAGUAGUUUAAGUCGUUUAAUUAGUCGUGGACAUUUCCCUUGUCUGAAGAAUGUAGAUAUUUGAAAUACUUAUUAUAAAUUCUAUAAAUAUAAUAAUAUUAAAAUUACUGAGAAAUAUGACUUUUUGUUGACAUCACAUUUUGACUAUAACACCUUUAGAAAAUACCCAAUAAAUUAUUAAAUCGUUUUGAACAACUUUUUAGCUUAACGCAUAUUUUUUAUUUAAUAAAAAACAUUUAUUUAUUUAAUAAAAAAUAUUCACACAAUAAAAUAAUUGUAUUUCUCAGUAAUUUUACAUAUUCGGAGAUGUCCAAAUUAAAUAUACAACGAGAGUUUUUAUAGGUGAACUGUAAAUAAUUUAUUAUUAGUGUUAGGUAAUUAUUAACUGAAGCUGUGCUUCAAAAUUUAUAAAAAUAAAUAUCAUAAUAGUGUAAUAUUUAAUUUUUAUUGUAAUCGCUGGACAGCAAAAAUAAUUUAUUCAAAAUAAAUUUUCAUCUCGUUUUACCUACAUUUUGUUCCAUUAAAAAUAUUUGUAUUUACAUUCUUUUUAACACAAUUCAAAGUAAGCAGAAAAAGUGUAGAGAGAGUAUUUUUUUGGGAAAAUCUAUAUUGCAACAUAACUAAUAUUAAAAAUGCGAAAGUGAGUUUUUUUGUUUCUUUGUUUAUAACAUCUUCACGGGCUAUCUACUGAAUUAAUCUUCUUGAAAAAUCACAUGUUAAUGUAUAGAAUUAGCAGGAGAAGGACAUAGGGGGGUAACUUUCAACCCGGUAAAAACUAUAGUUCCCGUGGGGAUUUGCAAAAACCUGUAUUCUUUUGUAUGUGGCGCUAAAUUUUUCGCUUUUUGUGGGUGGCGUUUUUCGUAGUUUUUUUUUUUUGUUGUAGAUGGAGUUAAAUUAGAAGGCGCUCGUAGGUAUUUAUAUAAAUUCUUCUGUUAACGAGUGACUGACUGACAGAAAAAGCACAGCCCAAGGCAAACCACCAGCCCAGAACUUUAAUGUUUGUCAUGACAUUAUGUGCACCAAGAGAGGGUUUCCCAAAUUUCCCGCGGGAACUGCGAUGAAUGGGAUUUUUCGUAAAACUUAGCUUAAAGUAUGCAACAAAGCGGUAUACUUAUAGGUUGUUUAUUAAUUAUUAAAAAUACGAUUUUCUUUAAUGAAGCUAGUUAUUACAGUCAAGGUUCUUCUUGAAGGCGACGGGCUAGCAACCUGUCACUAUUUGAAUCUCAAUUCCAUAUUAAUCUGUACAGCUGAACGUGGCCUUUCUGUCUUUUCAAGACUGUUGGCUCUGUCUACCCCGCAAGGUUCAUACAUAUACGUUAUUAUAGGUAUGUAUGUUUUCCAUCAUAAAGUCAUACAAUUGAACGUGGCCUAGCUUUCAGUAUAUUCAAGACUGUUGGCUCUGUCAACCUCGCAAGGGACAGAGACAUGACUUGUAUUUUAAUUAAUAUCCAAGUAGCAUUUUGCGCCCGGUCUAAACUGAAACUGGACCUUAAAGCCUUUUAGGCUUUUACGCCAUAAAAUGCAUUUAUUUUGUUGCCAUAUUCAUAAUUUGACCCGUUUUGAUUUUAACAUUGAUUACUUUAUUGUUUUACCAAUCUAGAUCUGUUUCUUAGAAUAAAUGUUUAAAUAUUUUUUUGUAAAUAUGUUAAAUCAUUUUGAACAUGCGUUAGGUACUCUGUUUUCAUAAAAAGAUACUUCAUUUUCUUCUCAUUAUUUGUAAGUCUCAUACAUUAUUUAUUGUAGUCCAAUUAAGUAGAUAUUGUACAUAGAUUAACGUUUAAGACCAGUGUAAACAGUAAGUAGCUGAUAAUAUAUUUGUUAGUCUGUAAAUACAACAUAGAUGUGUGAAUGUUUAGAUGGAACGUUAUUGCUCGCUCCGCUCCAAAGAGGUCAGUGUGAAAAUUGUACGGAUGGGCCCAUGACCUGUGUUAUUUGUGAUCAUUUUCAUGUCUAUAAAACAAGUAAUUUAAUGUUAUCAGGUUAGAGGUCAUUCACAUGGGCUCUUACUAAGUUACAUCUACUUAUUUGAAUAAAACCAAUCCGUGCAUCAUGUUUUGGUACUUUUACAUAUUAUUUUUUUCCUAUAUAAUGACCGGAAAACAUUAAUAUUGAAUUAUAUCGGAGAAUAUUAAUAUUAAAUUAUAUCAUCAUCACUACGUAUUACAAGGUCCUCUUAUUUUCUUUGUCUUUAUGUAUGCGCCAAUCUCGGAAAGAUGUAGACGGAUUUUGUUCCAGUUUGAAAUGUUGAAAGGGAUUUCCGAGAAAAUUUAUAUCUAAGUCAUUUCUACCCAUGUAAAGCCGCUAAGCUAGUUAUUUAAAAAAAGUUUUGCCAAUUAUGGAUAGUGGGCUUAUCCCUGCAAUUUCACUCUUAUCCUCUACUAAAUGGGGUUCAAAAUAUCCUGUAUUUUAUCAGCUACAUACUACACGAUUCUAAGGGUACUUACGUAUAAUACAUUGACGUUAACAAGGUAUACGUCUAAUCUUUUCUCUUCAGGCUUUAGUCCUGGUUACAUCCUUAUCAUUUUGGAGACGAUCCUGGGAUUAGCCUUUGACCAUGGAUCCUGGACUGGAUGAGUCAGGUUUUUACACGAAGCGACUCCCAUCUGACCUCCGCAACCUUUGCAGGUAAACCUAACCACAUUUUACACAAGUGACACAUUUUCCUGAAUGUGCAUAAUUCCUCACGAUGUUUUUCCUCACCGUCUCUCUCUUUCUAUCUCUGAGGAUAACCGAAAAGAUAAAAGAAGAGAGAAGAAGACGCAUGCCUUGUCAACGUGUGUGAAUAGCCCCGUUAUAUUAACUAAGAUAAUUAUAUAUGAGAAUUCUUGUACAGUGGAGUCGAAGUAAUGAGACUUAGAGGUUUAAUUGAAGAAUAUAUGCCUAAUUAAAAACUAUUAAAAUCGA